CUGAACUACACGAAGGAAAAUGUUUCAAAUAGACAGACCAGAAGAGGAGAAGCAGACUGGAACAAAUCUCCAGGAGCAAAGUUAGUUAUUAUUCUACCUCUCAGUACUGGAGAAAAGGGAGUAAAGUGGGACAAAGAGCUUGGGUAAGAGCUAUGGGAAAAAACGGUGACUGUGAUUCGUGGAAAGGCAUCAAUAAGUUCAAAUCUGACUCAAAGUCUGGAAGCUUCAAGCAAAGAAAACAACGUCCCAUCCUGGAUAUCAGUAAAUUGUCUAAAGAUGUCUCGCUCCAUCUUGAAUCAGCCUCUUUUGAUGAAAACAAUCUGAGUGCUGCUGACAAGGGACCAAAGGAAACUCAGCAAGGAGGCAUCAGACAAAAUAAUGAUGAUGGAAACAUGGACUAUCGCAAUGGUCUUGUGUUGGAAGACAGAUAUGAGAUUUUGUCCACACUGGGAGAAGGAGCCUUUGGAAAAGUAGUGGAGUGCAUUGACCGACACAGAGGUCAACAUGUAGCUGUAAAGAUUGUGAAGAAAUUUGAGAGUUUUUGUAAAGUUGCGAGGUCAGAGAUUGCUGUACUUGAGGAGAUCAACAGCCUGGAUGACGACAACAGAUUCGCCUGUGUGAGGAUGUUGGACUGGUUCAAGCACAAAGCCCACAUCUGCAUUGUGAUGGAGCUUCUCGGUCCGAGCACCUUCGAGUUCCUGCAACAGAACAACUUUGUCCCUUUCAACAUGGAGCAGAUCCGGCACAUAGCCUUCCAGAUAUUCAAAGCUGUCAGCUUUCUGCACCGUAACAAGUUGACCCACACAGACCUGAAGCCGGAGAACAUUUUGUUUGUCAGCUCUGACUGCGACACAGAGUAUAACCAACAGAUGAACUAUAGGCACAAAAAGCCAAGCUGUUUAGACAUAAAAGUUGUGGAUUUUGGCACUGCUACAUUUGACCACCAACAUCAUGAGACCCUGGUGUCAACACGGCACUACAGAGCACCAGAGGUCAUACUGGAUCUGGGCUGGAACCAGUCAUGUGACGUAUGGAGUCUGGGUUGUGUUCUCAUCGAGUAUUACCUCGGACAAACACUGUUCCCUAGUCAUGACUGUAGAGAACAUCUGGCCAUGAUGGAGAAUGUUCUGGGACCCAUUCCACCACAUCUUCUGAAACAGACUAGGAAGAAGCACUUUGUAAAGCAUGAGCGUCUGAACUGGGAGGAGCAGAGUUGCUCUGACGAUGAUAUUCGGAAACACUGCCAACCUCUUAUGCAGUACAUGAGAACAAACAGCGAGGAGGAGAAGCAGCUGUUCGACUUGCUCACCUGUAUGCUGGAGUAUGAUGUCAGCAGACGGAUCACUCUGGAAGAAGCACUGUGGCAUCCAUUCUUCUGCCCACUGAGAAUGCAGCAGCAACCACAGUGCAGCUAA